CCAGUGUGCAGUUCGGUCUCCUUCACCAGUCAGCCAUGUUGCGGACGGCAGCUCGGGGAAUCUGUACGGCGGGCCUUCGGGCCUUGCAACCCGCCAUUAAGCGCACUAUAGUCACCAAACCGCUCCUGAGAACACUACCAGCGUGUUCGUACUCAAGACGUACCUAUGCUGCUGAAGCUGCUGCCAAGGCUGAGCCCAUUAAGGGCCAGGUCGUUGCGGUUAUCGGUGCUGUGGUGGACGUGCAGUUUGACAGUGGCCUGCCACCAAUCCUCAAUGCCCUGGAGGUCGCUGACAGAUCACCCAGACUGAUCCUUGAGGUAGCACAGCAUUUGGGUGACAACACGGUGCGUACGAUCGCCAUGGACGGUACGGAGGGUCUGGUGCGUGGACAGGUGUGCACAGACGUGGGGUCUCCCAUCAGGAUCCCCGUCGGCCCCGAGACGCUCGGCAGAAUCAUCAACGUCAUCGGAGAACCCAUCGACGAGAGAGGACCAGUCGACUCCAAGAAGACUGCAGCCAUCCACGCUGAUGCUCCCGAGUUUGUGGAGAUGAGUGUAGAGCAGGAGAUUCUGGAGACUGGCAUCAAGGUGGUGGACCUUCUGGCUCCCUACGCCAAGGGUGGCAAGAUCGGUCUGUUUGGUGGCGCCGGUGUCGGCAAGACUGUACUGAUCAUGGAACUGAUCAACAACGUUGCCAAGGCCCACGGCGGCUACUCCGUGUUCGCUGGUGUAGGCGAGCGCACGCGUGAGGGCAACGAUCUGUACCACGAGAUGAUUGAGUCCGGUGUCAUUGACCUCAAGGGAGACAAGUCCAAGGUGGCGCUUGUGUACGGUCAGAUGAACGAGCCGCCGGGUGCCCGUGCCCGUGUGGCCCUGACAGGGCUGACUGUGGCUGAGUAUUUCCGUGAUGAGGAGGGACAGGACGUGCUGCUCUUCAUCGACAACAUCUUCAGGUUCACACAGGCUGGAUCAGAGGUGUCUGCCUUGCUGGGCCGUAUCCCCUCUGCUGUAGGCUACCAGCCCACCCUGGCCACUGACAUGGGUACCAUGCAGGAGCGCAUCACCACCACCAAGAAGGGUUCCAUCACAUCUGUACAGGCUAUCUAUGUGCCAGCUGAUGAUUUGACUGACCCCGCCCCUGCCACCACCUUCGCUCAUUUGGACGCCACCACUGUACUGUCCCGUGGUAUCGCUGAGCUGGGUAUCUACCCCGCUGUCGACCCCCUGGACUCCACAUCCCGUAUCCUGGACCCCAACAUCGUAGGAGAGGAGCACUACGCCGUCGCUCGUAGUGUGCAGAAAACCCUACAGGACUACAAGUCCCUGCAGGACAUCAUCGCUAUCCUGGGUAUGGAUGAGUUGUCAGAAGAGGACAAGAUGACCGUGGCUCGCGCCCGUAAGAUCCAGAGGUUCCUGUCACAGCCCUUCCAGGUGGCAGAGGUGUUCACAGGCCAUCUCGGCAAGCUGGUUCCACUCAAGGAGACCAUCAAGGGCUUCAAGGGAAUCAUGAAUGGUGAAUAUGACCAUCUUCCCGAGGUCGCCUUUUACAUGGUGGGAACCAUUGAGGAAGCCGUGGAGAAGGCAGACAGGAUUGCAGAAGAAAUGUAAAAUCUAGCUUCAACCUCUAUUUAGAACAAUUAUAAGCAACCCCAAGAAUAUCUUUUUCUCACCGUUUGAAGUUUGUGUCCAACGAAUGAAGAAGUUGAUAGUAAGGAUUUUAUCUUCUUCUGUCAGAAGUCCAGAGUAAUAAGUCCAAUUUAGAGGAGAGUCCUGCUUUUGUUGUGAACAAAUCCAGAUUGUACAAGACAUGUUUGUCUCUCCGAUGUAUGUUCCAAAAUAAACCCUGUGGUCACUGGAAAA